GGCCCAUCAACCCCCAACUUCCCAGAGGGAGCAGCUAUUUAGGGGAACUGGAGUCCAGAGCAAACAAGACUGUGGCUUGGAACCAUCCACUACAGCGUCCUCUGAGAGCCCUCUCGACAUGAAGACCCUCCUGCUGCUGGCGGUGAUCAUGGCCUUUGGCUUGCUGCAGGUCCACGGGGACUUGACAAACUUCUGGAACAUGAUCCGGUUGAAGACAGGAAAGGAAGCUGCGAGCAGUUAUGGCUUCUAUGGUUGUCACUGCGGCGCGGGUGGCAAAGGAACCCCCAAAGACGCAACUGAUCGGUGCUGUGCUGCCCAUGACUGCUGCUACAAGCGUCUGGUGAAACGCGGAUGUGGCACCAAGUUUCUGAGCUACAAGUUUAGCUACAGCAAGGGCGCGAUCAAAUGCGCAAAGCAAGGCUCCUGUAAGACCCAGCUGUGUGAAUGUGAUAAAGCCGCCGCCUACUGUUUUGCUAAAAACAAGAAGAGCUAUAGUCUCAAGUACCGGUACUUCCCCAACAAGCUGUGCAGAGGGAGCACCCCCCGGUGCUGACAGCCCUCUCUUCCCUGGAGCCCUGCCUCCCGAUGCCAGGCAGCUUUUCUACACCCCCUACCCUAGUCAAGUUCCUGGAGAUGAACCACACCCUCCGCCAGCCUAGUCUAGGCAAGAGCCCUUCUCUCCCUCCCCAGAGUGAGACGCCCAAAGCCGGGGCAUUUCUGACUGGCCUCUUUCCCCUGCGUCCUAGGGAAGGGGGUGAUCUUCCCCACUCCACUGGCAAGGGCAACGCCUCCCUCCUCCAAGGGCAACGUCCUUAUCAGUACCAGCUACACCCGGGGGUCUUUUCUAAAUAAAGCGACUGAUCAGUAAGCCACGCGA